AUGAAUUCCGACGAGACUUUGCCACUGAGCCAGCGACCGGAGUGGUCCGACGUGGUCCCGUUGACUCAGGACGAUGGGCCGAAUCCGGUGGUUCCGAUCGCCUACAAGGAAGAGUUCCGCGAGACUAUGGAUUACUUUCGUGCGAUUUACUUCUCCGACGAGCGAUCUCCUCGCGCACUACGACUGACGGAAGAAACGCUCCGGUUAAACUCCGGGAACUACACAGUGUGGCAUUUCAGGCGCUUAGUACUUGAAGCGCUUAAUCACGACUUGUACGAAGAACUCGAGUUCAUCGAACGCAUCGCUGCGGAUAAUUCCAAGAACUACCAAUUGUGGCAUCAUCGGCGAUGGGUUGCAGAGAAACUAGGUCCUGAUGUUGCAGGGAGGGAACUUGACUUUACUCGGAGGGUACUUUCACUUGAUGCCAAACAUUAUCAUGCUUGGUCACAUAGGCAGUGGGCACUACGGGCGUUAGGAGGAUGGGAAAAUGAGCUUGAUUACUGUCACGAGCUCCUUGAAGCUGACGUCUUUAACAAUUCCGCGUGGAAUCAGAGGUAUUACGUUAUCACUAGAUCUCCUUCAUUGGGAGGUGUAGAAGCUUUGAGAGAAUCUGAAGUAAGCUACACAAUCAAAGCCAUUUUAGCCAAUCCCGCCAACGAGAGUUCAUGGCGAUACCUGAAAGCACUUUACAAAGACGACAAAAAAUCCUGGAUUAGUGAUCCAAAUGUUUCAUCAGUCUGUUUGAAUGUUCUCUCGCGAACAGAUAGUUUCCAUGGAUUCGCUCUGAGCACCUUAUUGGAUCUUCUAUGCGACGGAUUGAGACCAACCAACGAGCAUAGAGACUCAGUGAAAGCUCUAGCUAAUGAAGAAACAGACACUAACUUAGCCAAUUUGGUAUGUACCAUUCUCGGUCGUGUAGAUCCUAUAAGAGCUAACUACUGGGCAUGGAGGAAGAGCAAGGUUACAGUGGCAAUUUGA